AUGACCACCAGUGUCAGGCAAUAUUCCUCGUCUACAUCCCUAAAGGGGUUAGGUGGAUUAGGUGGAUUAGGAGGUGGCUCCACACGGGUUUCCUCAGUGCAUCUUGGAGGUCCCUACAGAGCCCCAAGUAUCCAUGGGGGAUCUGGUGGCUUUUCUGUCUCCUCUUCUAGGUAUGUCUCUGGAGUAGGAAGUAGCCUGGGUGGUGGCUAUGGGGGAAGCUACAAUAGUAGCUUUGGAGGUGGCUAUGGGGGUGGCCUUGGAGGUGGCUUUGGAGGUGGCUAUGCGGGUGGCCUUGGUGGUGGCCUUGGAGGUGGCUUUGGAGGUGGCUAUGGGGGUGGCUUUGGAGGUGGCUUUGGCGGUGGUGAUGGCAUUCUCCCUGCGGGUGAGAAGGAAACUAUGCAGAACCUAAACGACCGCCUGGCUACCUACCUGGACAAGGUGCGUGCUCUGGAGGAGGCCAAUUCCGAUCUGGAGAUUAAGAUCAAGGAGUGGUAUAAGAAGCAGGGACCCGGGCCUGACCGUGACUACAGCCCAUAUUACAGGACAAUUGAAGACUUGAGGAGCAAGAUCCUUGCUGCCACUAUCGACAAUGCCAACAUUGUCUUACAGAUUGACAAUGCCAGGCUGGCAGCUGAUGACUUCAGAACCAAGUUUGAGACGGAGCUGACCCUGCGCCUGAGUGUGGAGGCGGACAUCAACGGCCUGCGGAGAGUCCUGGAUGAGCUGACGCUGGCCAGAGCUGACCUGGAGAUGCAGAUUGAAAACCUGAAGGAGGAGCUGGCUUAUCUCAAGAAAAACCAUGAGGAGGAAAUGAAUAUACUACGGAGCCAGCUGGGUGGAGAGAUCACUGUGGAGAUGGACGCCGCUCCUGGGGUUGACCUGACCAAGAUCCUGGCUGACAUGAGAGAGCAGUAUGAGAGCUUGGCAGACAAGAACCGUAAAGAGGCCGAGCAGUGGUUCUUCACCAAGACAGAAGAGCUGAACCGAGAAGUAGCCAUGAACACGGAACAGUUGCAGAGCGGCAAGUCGGAGAUCACGGAACUAAGACGCACCGUCCAGGGCCUGGAGAUAGAGCUGCAGUCCCAGCUCAGCAUGAAAGCCGCUCUGGAAGGCUCCUUGGCGGAGACAGAAGCCCGCUAUGGCUCCCAGUUGGCACAGCUCCAGGGCCUGAUCACUAGCGUGGAGGAGCAGCUGGCUGAGCUCCGAUGCGACAUGGAGCGCCAGAACCACGAGUACAAGAUUCUCGUGGAUGUCAAGACACGCCUGGAGCAAGAGAUUGCCACGUACCGCCGCCUGCUGGAGGGCGAGGAUAGCCACAUUGCUUCCCAGUACUCGGCAGCGCUGUCCUCGCAGUCUGGGAGAGAUGUAAUCUCAUCCACUCGUCAAGUCCGCACGAUUGUUGAGGAGGUCCAAGAUGGAAAGGUGGUCUCUUCCCGUGAGCAGAUGCAACUUUCCACCCGCUAACAGUACAGAGCACUCUAUGGAUUCCAGUCCCAAGGCUUGAGCUGCUCAGAAACA